UUUGGAACGUUUCCUCGUCCCACUGCGCAUAUGCCAAUGUGGAGCUAAUCAUGAGGAGGGAUGAACUAUGAGGCUUCUCUUCAUCAAUCAGGCAGAGAUCGUAUUAUUAUUUUUCCGCCUCAACUCCGCCCCUUCCACGCGUCUCCUCAGGAAUCCAAUUUCCUUCUCAACGCGUUUCAUGGCAACCCUCUGGUUGUCGCCUUAAGAAAUGAAAAAGCCUCAGUCUUCUAGCGCACUGAUUAUAGAUCGUCCUUCAACAGGGUGAAAGCUGGACUACAAUACCAGAAGACUGUUAAUUCUGUUUCUACUCUAUUUCCCAGAGUGCUCAGCGGGACAUCUAAGGCCGAAGAAACGGGCGGAAAUCGGAAGACAAGAGAAAGCGUCCGCACAGCCCUCUGAGAAACAGAAUCUCGCGUUGGCGCGGAGGACCCUGGGUGGAGUAGUUCUGAGGGAGCUCGCGAGGCACCGGAAGUGGUUGUGCGGAGGAGCGUGUGAGAGGAGUUCGGUACCUGGCUGCCUGAGGGCUGGGGUCGCGUGUGUUAACCUGGCGGACUGCAGUCCCUAGGUGAGGAGAUGCCGGGUUUGGGGUCCCUGAGGAUCCUGGAUGAUUGCGAGUUCCAUCCUUCUUGAGGAGUGACGAAAUCCUUAGCGGGCGACCUCGGCGAAGGGCUCGUCGCCUUGAGCGGUGGAGGGCUAGGUGAAAUCUUUAGUAAGAGCCUGUGAUCUGUCAGGCUGUUGUUUAAAAAGUGUUUUCCGGCCCUCACCGGCAGCCCCGAGAGGAGCGAUUCUAUUUUAUUUUGGGGUGAGAAAACAGACUUAAGGAGGUGGUGAGCUGCCUGAAGUCGCUGGCAAAGCUGGGUGGAUCCCGGGGGACGAAUGAAAGGAAGUUCUUCCGGAGGUCGAAGUACUGAACUUUUACCCAUUUCUCUGUGCCAGCCGCCGCUCUGUCCUCGCCUUUCUCCCACCAUCUGCGCAGCGGCGGCCACAGAUACCGCACACCCUUGGCGCCAGGAUCAUGUCGGGAAUCAGAAUUUUUCAGCGUUAAUGGGGGUCCAGCACAGACCUGGCACCAGCAGUACUGAGGUGUUUCCUGAACAAAUGAAUGAAUGGAUGAAAAUCUUCCCCUUCCUGGAAUUUGUGACCCUCAAGGACAUAGGCAUGGACUUCACCUUGGAGAACUGGGAGCAGCUGGGGCCGGACCAGGGGGACCUGUUCUGGGACACAGCGCUGGACAACUACCAGAGCCUCUUCCUGCUGAACCCCUGCAGACCCAACCUGACCGUCUGUCCAGAUGAAGGCGAGCUGGAGGCCUUGGUGAGAGGAAGCCCGGAAUCAGCGGUUCCUGACAUGGCUGAGGCCAAGAACUCCCCUCUGCCACAGGACUUCUUGGAAGAAGGGCCCUCCCAGGAGAUUUUGGAGACACUUUCCAAGGAUGGCCAAGGAUUGCCUGUGGGAGAAGCCUGCAUAAGCAAAAGUUGGUUAGAUAGUUUGCUAGAAGAUCCAGAAAGUCUUUUGAGGUCUAACAUUGUUACCAAAAAGGAAAGUCCCACAGAAUACAAGAGUCAUGAACUCAACAGAGGUCUCAGUCCUGAGUCCUUCCUUUUCACAGGAGAUUCUGUGAUGAAUGAUCUUCCUGAAAAGAGCCUGAUACCAGCUAAGUCUCAGGAAUAUGGGAUUACUACUACUACUACUACUACUACUACUAGUGGCUACUACUUAGACCAGAGCCAGAAGGAUAAUGUCCAGGGAAGGGAGAAACCAUAUAAAUGUAGUGAAUGUGGGGAGAGCUUUAGCCAGAGUUACAAUCUUGUCCAGCACUGGAUUAUUCAUAUCAAGGGAAAACCUACUGUGCAAGAGUAUGAGAAAGGUUUCAAGCAGAGUUCUUGCCUUGUGCACCUGAUGGGUCACAAGGGCUACAAAUCCUAUGUGUGUAACAAGCAUGGGAAAAACUUUAGUCAAAAUACACAACUUCUGCAGCAUCAGAAAAUUCAUACUAGAGAAAAACCAUGUGAGAGUCAAAACAGUGACCGUCCAUCAAGUCAUGGCUCACAGCCUGUUGAGUGUCAAAAAACCCCUACAGGUGGUAAAUCCUACGAAUGUAAUGAGUGUGGCAAAAGUUUCAGCCGAAUCUUUCGUCUUACUCAGCAUCAAAAGACCCAUACCCGGAAACACUACGAAUGUGCCAAAUGCAAGGCAACCUUCAAUUUCAAAAAAUACCUCCUUCGACAUCAGAAAAUGCAUGCUGCAAAAACUACCUGUCAGUGUCAGGAAUGUGGGAAGGCUUUCAGGCGGAGAUCACUGCUCACUGAACACCAGUCUGUUCACACUGGAGAAAACCCUUUUAAGUGUGAUGAUUGUGGGAAAUCCUUCAAACAUAUCUCUACCCUAAAGAUCCACCAGAGGGUUCACAGUGGAGAGAAGUCUUACAAAUGCAGUGAAUGUGGGAAAGCCUUCUAUCAGAAGACUUACUUUAAUGAACAUCAGAAACUUCACCAGGGCCACAGGCCCCACAAAUGUCACAAAUGCAUCAAGAGCUUCAGUCGGCUCUCCCACCUGAUCCAACACCAAUCCACUCAUGCCACAGAGAAGCCCUACAGCUGUGCUGAGUGCAAGGAGACCUUCAGUCGUAAUGAACACCUUGUUCGACACCAGAAAAUCCAUACUGUGGAAACUCCCUACCAAUGUCAGGAGUGUGGUGAGCGCUUCACUUGCAGUUCUACCCUAACUUGCCACCAGAGUGUUCACACAAGAUAUAAACAAUGGUUUGAUGAGAAAGGAAAGACCCUCAAUCAGAACCCAAAACACAGUGGGCAUCUAAGGACUAGUGAAAAGUACUUUAAGUGUGAGAAAUGUGAGAAAACAUUUAGCCGCAGCAAAUACCUGACCCAGCAUCAGAGGAUUCACACCAGGGUGAAGCCCUUUGAGUGUAACCAGUGUGGGAAGGCCUUUGGCCAAAGUACACAGCUCGUUCGCCACCAGAUGAUCCACUCUGGAGUGAAGCCAUAUGAAUGUGGGGACUGUGGGAAGGGCUUCAUCCACAGCACUGCCCUCACCAAACAUCAGUCUAUCCACAAGAGCAAGCAGUCCUUUAAAUCUAAUGAAUGUGGACAGACCUUCAGCCAAAGUGCAUGUCUCUCAGAACACAAGUUAAUUCACACUACAGAGAAGCUUUUUAAGUGUAACAAGUGUGACAAAGUCUUUGCCCAUGAUCACUACCUCAUUCAGCAUCAGAGAACUCAUGCUGGAGAGAAGUCCUUUGAAUGUGAAAAAGUGUUCCAUCAGAAGUCAUGUCUUCCUAAGGAUCAGAGAGAUCACACAGGUGAGAAACUCUAUGAAUGUGGUGACUGUGGGAAAACCUUCAGACUGCGUGCUCAACUCAUUCAACACCAGAGAGUUCACACCGGAGAAAAGCCUUAUGUUUGUCAGGAUUGUGGGAAGGCCUUCAGUCAGAAUGUGUGCCUUUCUGUUCAUCAGAGAGUUCACACUGGGGAGAAGCCUUAUGUCUGUGAGGAAUGCGGGAAAGCCUUCAGUCACUACUCAUGCCUUUCUGUUCACCGGAGAGUUCACACUGGAGAAAAGCCUUAUGUCUGUCAGGUUUGUGGGAAAGCCUUCAGCCAGAGCUCGUGCCUUUCUGUUCACCAGAGAGUUCACACUGGGGAGAAGCCCUAUAUGUGUGGUGUAUGUGGAAAAGCCUUUACCCAGAAAGCAAAUCUGACACAGCAUGAGAGAAUUCACACUGGAGAGAAGCCUUAUGCCUGCAAUGUGUGUGCGAAAGCCUUUGGCCUCAGUGCCCAUCUCAGUCAGCACCUGCAAAUUCACACCCAACAGAAACUGUAUCAGUGUCAACAUUGUCAGAAAGCCUUUAGCUACCACUCAAGUCUUACACGACAUCAGCAAGUUCACACUAAAAAAUAACAAGUAGCAAUACUGCAGAUGAUGAUCCCUGGUUGGCAGCAGGGUCCCAGACUGAAGGUCUGAGAAUAUGUUCAUCCAAGCCAUAAUGUUGAAACCAUCACAUUUUAAGUUCUCUCUCCAAAAAAUAAAUAAAUCUCUUUAUUGAUAAAAGGAUUUAUUAGAAAAUUUGCAGACAAGUUUCAUUAAAACAAUGAGAACACAAAA